AUGGUCUCUCCUACACCGACUAACUUUGCCAUGAGGCUCACUGCGUUCGGCGCACCUCUGACGAAGGUCGAACUCCCCGUGCCCGAGGCUUCUGCGGGUACCGUCGUCGUGCGAAAUCUCGCGACAUCCCUCACGUCCUACAUGCACCUCAUCCUAGAUGGCAAGCUGCCACAGCACAACUUGCAGCUCCCAGUCAUUCCGAAUCCGCCAUGCGUGGGACGUAUUCACGCCGUGGGCCCGGACGCGGUACGCCUCAAGUCUGGCGAUCUUGUGUACAUCCAACCAAUGGUACAGGCUCGCGACGAUCCCUACACCAAGAUUGUGCAGGGUCACAUCUGCGGCACGAGUGACGGGGCCUAUAGGCUCUGGGAAGAGUGGAAGGAAGGUGCAUUCCAGCAAUACACCAAAGUCCCCCUGGAGAACUGUAUUCUGCUCAACGAAGACCGCCUAUGUGGAGAGCUUGGCUACAGCCCAGCGGUGCUACAGUCCAUCGCAAACUACGCUGUCUCCGCUGGAGCUAUCAUUGAAGCCGCAAAGCUGAAGCCCGCCGAGACCAUCAUCAUUGGCCCAUCGUCUGGUAUGUUCAGCGGUCUAGCCGUUGAAAUUGCCUUGGCCGUGGGUGGAAACGUCAUUGCCCUCGGACGGAGCGAGAGCAAGCUCGCGGCAAUGAAGCAGAGAAUUGGUGGAGAUCCAGGCCGUCUGAAGUACGUUGUGAUGACGGGCGACGACGAGACAGACUACGGAGCAAUUAUGCAAGCAACACCAGGUGCAACCGGAGCUGAGGUCUACAAUGACUGGACCCCUGAGGGCAACACCGGGGCGUUCUACCUCUCAGCUGCGUCCCGCACGCUAAAGUUCAAUGGUCGCAUUGUCCUAAGCGGCGGAACGACAGCAGGGCUUGGAGGUUUGAGCUACAUCUCGGCAGUUACCAGAGACCUGCAAAUCCUUGGAAAGUGGGUUUGCAACCGUCAAACCGUGGAGCAGUUGCUCGGCAUGUGA